UAAGUGAGCGCCAUUCUCCAGUUGUUCGUUACGAGUUGGCGCGAGAACAUUGAGAAGUGUCUUUAUAUGUAUGCAUAAACCUCUCAGUUAGUAACGUGCUUACUGCUCCAUAUGUAAGAGUAUUGAAAAUAAUUACGAUACUUGUAAUUUUGUUAAUACAUCACGGAUAACAGAAACCUGCCAACAUGUUUUGGGGACUUAUUAUGGAGCCAAAUAAGCGGUAUACGCAGACCGUUGAAAAAUCGUUCCACGUGUCUAUGGCAAGUCUCGAUGUUACGACUGCAGAUGAUGAGAUAGUACAAGUCAUGUUCUGCUAUGAUAACCGCAACUAUCUGCUCUGCAGUUUAAAGAAAGGAUCAGCUUGGCAAGUUCCAUUAGAUUUAAAUUUUCAAGAAGGAACUAAAAUAGCAUUUACAUCUAAUGGUCGUGGUCAUGUACAUUUAACUGGUUAUUUGAUUCCUGAUGAGGAUGAUUUGGAUUUGGAUGACGUCGAGGAGGAAGAUGAUGAUGAAGAUAUACCACAAUUAGUCAGCAAGCAAUCUAAACGUAAAGCUUUGGAUUCACCAAAAGAAACAAAAACAUCUAAACGUAUUAAACAAGAACAGCAGCAAGAGGAUGAAGAGUCCUUGGACGAUGAACAUGAUGACGAUGACCUUGACGAGGAUGAUUCGGAAGAUGGCAUAGAUGAGGAUGAUGAAGAAGAAGUAGAUGACGAGGAAGCUGACGAUGAUGAAGAAGAUGAAGAAGAGGAGGAGAUAGUUGAGGAAGAAGAAGAGGAGGUAGUUGAAACAAUAGUCAAACCUCAAAAAAAGAAUAAACAGACUCUGCAACAACAACAACAACAGCAGCAAAAGGUAAAGCAAGAUAAACAGAAAAUGGUAAAUGGAAAAGAAUUGAAACAGGAACAAGUUAAACAAAAAAAGAAUAAAGGUGAACAGCAGCAACUUAAUACUGCCAAACAUGAACAGAAAGCUCGAGUAAUUGAAGGUGGUGUACAGAUUGAGGAUAUAAAACUUGGUAGUGGAGCUCCAGCCAAAUCAGGAAAAUUCAUUUCCGUGUAUUACGUAGGACGCUUAAAGAAUGGAAAGAAAUUUGACUCUACUAACCAUGGAGAUGGGUUUAAGUUCAGACUUGGCAAAGGUGAAGUAAUUAAGGGGUGGGAUAUAGGAAUCGCUGGAAUGAAAACGGGUGGCAAGAGACGCAUCACGAUACCUCCAGCUUUAGCAUAUGGCGCGAAAGGUUCGCCUCCUGUAAUUCCAGGAAACAGUACACUCAUAUUUGAAGUCGAACUUAGGAAUGUUCACUAAAAUUGAUUACUAUUUAACAGAUUUUGAAUUGUUGGAAAACAUUUUUAGCCUUGUCUCUUUACACACAAUCAGAAUAUAAUAAUUCAUAUUUGGACAAGGCAUAGAAACUUUAAUCUUGUCUUUCCAAACUGUUAACUAUACUUGACAAUUCUUUUUGUUUCUUACAAACUGGUUACAUUGCUCUUUUGCAUGAUACCCAUAAUAAAUAAGUUAAAGAAGAGAUACAAAACAUACCAUAAUUUCUAAAUCUGAUACAGUAUUGAUGCUGUUUUAAACUGAUUAUUAGAAAUAUUUUUUUAAUAUAAUUUUCUAUAUCUUUUACUUCCUAACUAUUGAUUGUGCCACUGGUUUUUCAUUUAUGAACUAAAGCUACAUGUCAUUCACCAAAUGUCAUUAUAUAUGGAUUUUGAAGUUUUGCUGUAUUUGUUACAAGCACAGAAAAAAAUGUGAAAUUGUUAUAUUUGAAGCUUCAUAUGGUGUUCUAUAAUCAAAUCAAACAAGUUAUGUUGAGUAAUUAUUGUAAUAUCCAUUUAGUUUUAUCACAAAACAAUACAACGUUUAUAAAUAAAUUACAAA